GGCUGGCAACGCUGUCCAGCAGGCAUUCAACAACAUGGCGCUGUGCAUGCGGGUGUUCAAUUUUCGCCUCGAUUUAAAAAUGUCUUGUUCGCGACAUGGCUGUGUAGCGGUCCGUGAGUGUCACGAGCUCUCUUGAAGCUCACAUCGCGGCGCCGACAGCAGGGGAACUGUCGGUCGCCUCCUGCCGUGUUUGUGUGCUUACAACGCUAGCUAGAGGGGACAGUUGUACCGAAACCGUUGGAAUUGCAGCCAACGUGGUCACUGUACACGAAGUCUAGACUUUUUCUGAGGCACCUUCAUGGCCACUACGCCGUCGGGUACACCUCGCCAGCAGAAGCGCAAACCCAAGGGCAAAAACAGCGCCGUCGAACUGGCUUUAAAGCAUGGCUACUCGCCGUCCAAGAAAGGCAAGACAAAAGGUGGCGACGCUGCCGAUAGCACCACAUCGUCGACGGUGCCACGUACCCAGACAGCGUUUCCCCGAAAGCUGCAGUUCGCGUCGAGCAACUGGAAAGCUCUCCAGGAGAAGCUCCAGGUUACUGCUCCCAAAAACAAAAAUGGGGUGUCUGUAAAGGCAGCUCACAGCAAAAAAGAUACAAACAAGGAUGGCUCUACGUUGGCACCAAUCAAGAAGGGGGAAGUCUGGUUCGAUGGCGUCGACCCACUGCUGCUGGAACCUGAAAAUGUGCAAACUGCAGGCCAGGCCAUUGGCUUGGAGAAGAAGGGCACCUUCAACAAGCCCACCCGAGUCGUUGCUAUGGACUGUGAAAUGGUUGGCGUUGGCCAUGAGGGCAAGGACUCUGUGCUGGCACGUGUCUCGCUGGUCAACGUCAUGGGCCACGUGAUCUACGACAAGUUUGUCAAGCCCACAGAGGAAGUGGUCGACUACCGGACUGCAGUGAGCGGCGUGCGACCGAGUGAUUUGGAAAAAGGCGAGGAUUUCGCUAAAGUCCAGAAGGAAGUGAGCGAAAUACUCAACGGUCGCAUCCUCGUUGGCCACGCCGUGCACCAUGACUUAAAGGUUCUGUUCCUGUCGCAUCCCAAACGACGGACACGAGACACAAGCGCGUACCGUCCGUUUCGGGCCAUGUUUGGUGGCCGGACGCCAUCGCUCAAAGCCCUCUCGGAGCGCAUUCUGGGAGUCAAGGUCCAGCAGGGAGAGCACAGUUCGGUACAAGAUGCCCAGGCUACAAUGCGCUGCUACACCAUGUACAGAAAACAGUGGGAAGAAGAUGUGAGGAACGGUCGGCGGUGGUUCACUCAGCAGAAGCAGCUGCAGCAAGUGCAGCAGGAUGCAUGAGGACACCUUUGUACACUUUGUUAUUCUCGCACGUGUGCGAGAUACAUAUUUAUCGCCGUGGAAAUGAAAAUAUAA